CUCUCUUUUUAUCUGGAUUGCCUAUUUCUAAAACUAUGUGAAAAAUUUGUCUUCUUUGGUGGUUCAGUUUUAUUAUUUUUUAGCAUGCCUAUUGGCCAAUUUAUUUUCUCCAGUCUCCAGCUUAAGUAUGACCUUAAGGCCCCAACUGCUACAUCUGGCUAUGUUCUACGAAUGAACAUUGAACGUUUCAUCGUACCUGAACUAAUUUUUCACCCUGGUGACGUGGGAUUGACUCAAAUGGGCCUAACUGAAGCACUCUCUUACCUAAUCAAUGAGCGUCUCCCGGCUCCUGUAUGGCCUGGUGCAUGGGCGAAUAUUCUUCUCGUUGGAGGCAACGCCAACCUGCCCGGCUUUAAAGAACGAUUGUCAAUGGACAUGCGAGCUCACGCACCUGAUGACCUGGCUGUAAAUAUUUUCAAACCUGACGAGUGA